CAGACAUGGAUGAGUAUGCAAAAAUAGAAAAAAUUGGAGAGGGUACUUAUGGGGUUGUAUAUAAAGGGCGACACAAAGCAACUGGUCAGAUUGUUGCAAUGAAGAAAAUUCGUUUGGAAAAUGAAGAGGAAGGAGUUCCAAGCACAGCUAUCAGAGAAAUCUCUCUUCUUAAGGAACUUCAACACCCCAAUAUUGUAUGCCUUCUAGAUGUUCUAAUGCAGGAUUCAAGACUAUAUCUUAUAUUUGAGUUUCUUUCCAUGGAUUUAAAAAAGUAUUUGGACUCCAUCCCUAGUGGUCAGUACUUGGACACUAUGCUUGUUAAGAGUUACUUGUAUCAGAUUGUACAGGGCAUUAUAUUUUGUCAUGCCAGAAGAGUUUUGCAUCGGGACCUAAAGCCUCAGAAUCUUUUAAUAGACAGCAAAGGUGUCAUAAAACUAGCUGACUUUGGGCUGGCCCGAGCAUUUGGAAUCCCAGUCAGAGUUUACACACAUGAGGUGGUGACCUUGUGGUACAGAGCACCAGAGGUCCUUUUGGGAUCUGUGAGAUAUUCUACACCAGUUGAUGUGUGGAGCAUAGGUACAAUAUUCGCAGAAAUUGCAACGAAGAAACCGCUCUUCCAUGGAGAUUCUGAGAUAGACCAGCUUUUUCCGAAUAUUCAGAGCUUUAGGAACACCCAACAAUGAAGUCUGGCCAGAUGUGGAAUCACUACAAGAUUACAAGAAUACAUUUCCAAAAUGGAAAGGAGGCAACUUUAGCUGCUAAUGUGAAAAACAUUGAUAAA